AUGGGGUCGACAAAUGCUGAGGAGAUGGAGGAAUUCCAGAGGUUAUCAGACAGAUAUCAGCCUUCAUUGGAAGGUCCUUUGAUUGGCGACAAGCUACCAAUGUCCGCACUCGUCACUGAGUACUCUCAAGCCGAUCCAACUUACGUUGCCAAGACCCAUGCGCUUGCCAGCAGAUACGUAGCCUAUCGACGGGUCAAAGGCGAUGGACAAUGCGGAUGGAGAGGCGCUGUGUUCGGUUACUUUGAAAGCAUAUGGUUGUCUGGAAACCGCGACUUCGCUCUGCAAGAGUUCACUCGCCUGAAGUCCUUCGCAGAUACCAUGACGAUGGCCGGCAUAGACUACAGUCUUGUUGAGGAGAUGUUCGACGAGACCUGGACGCUAUUCCAGGAGAUCUUGAGCGCUUUCGAGCAGAAUCAGAGGAGCAACGACGUUGUCACCAGAGCAUUGAACGACGAGAAUCGGUCAAACGCUAUAGUCUAUCACUUCAAGAUGAUGACGAGUGCUUACAUGGCUCUGCACUCGCAUAGAUCCGACUCAGCAAGAGAUCGAUCAGAUUGGGCUUCAGGCAUUGACACUGGUGUCAUCGCUCCAGCUGGUCUAGCGGUCGAGGUUCUAUACCUCGAUCGAAGUGCUGGCGACGAAGUCACACCACACGAAUUCGUUGAAAACGCCGCCUCGAAGCCUGCUAUUCGAUUACUAUACCGGCCUGGCCACUACGAUCUCAUCUACAAAAGAGACGAAGCGUACACAGUAUUACUUGCGAACGACUUGCCAACGCAGGACAACUUCCAGCAAUUCGGGAACUACAUGACAGACGACCAGUCAAAUGCAGAGGAUGUGAUUUCGUACCUCUUCUCGAAUCAGUUCAGCACGGUUGACACCACAGCUUCUCAAUACGAUCAGCCCUACAGCUACGCGACGACAACCUCGCAGAGCUUUCCGUACACGUCCGUCCCAUAUACUGAGCCUGCAAGCUACGAUACCACAUAUGUUCAGGAGCAGUACAGCCCGCAACACUUCCCCAAUCAACCAAUAUCUGCCCCAUCCGACCAAUUUUCAAGCCAUCAGAUGUCCUCAGCCAGCCGCCACCCUUCCACAGAAUCAUACGCAACGCCGGCGUCCUCACCAGCCAAUACGUCCAGCCUUCCUCCAACAUCGCUGAACCAACCCUAUCUCCCAGCAGCGCCACCAUCCGAUAACUUCAAACAUAGCGAGUACAGCUCUGCCAUCCGGGCUCCGAUGAGAUACCCACAUAGCACUCUGAUACCGCUUGAUCAGAGCGCUUGGGGUCCGGCAUCGCAAGACUCAGCGCACUAUUCACACAGUGAUUUUACACCACACAUGUACCAAGGGAGAUGA